AUGGCUGCUCCAAAACCGUCCAUCGCCAAGGUGACGAUUAUAUUUGGAGACAAUUCUGUCUACCACAGAGCUUUAAAAACACAUGAAGAGCACAGUCGCAAGUUUGGAUAUCCCAUGCAUGUCUUACAAAGCGGAAUUCUGGAUGAUGUGUGGACAAAACCUGCGUUCCUAUUGUCUCUCAUACUGGAGGAACUUGUUAAACCGAAAACAGAACGACUAGAAUGGAUCUUUUGGUUCGAUGCUGACACGGUGGUCAUGAAUCCAAACAUUCCGAUUGAGCUGUUUCUCCCACCGGCAGAUUUUCCUGAUAUCCACGUUAUAUUCAGCAAAGACUGGAAUGGGCUCAACAAUGGCGUCUUUCCCAUCAGGGUUCAUCCAUGGUCCGUCGAGUUGCUAAGUGCAGUUAUCGCCUACCCACACUAUUUCCCCAACACGCAACUCGUCUUCCGUGACCAGUCCGCAUUGGGGAAGCUUCUUGAGAACGACGACUAUUUUAGAAACUCCACCAUAUACGCUCCGCUUCGGUGGUUCAAUGCCUAUCGAGGGGCUCCUGACGGAAGUCUAAAUGACUAUAUCCCGCCGGAAUUUCAACUGCGCAAAGGUGAUUUCCUUGUUCACUUCGCGGGAACGUCAGCAUCAGACCGAAACAAUAGUAUGAGCACGUUCCUCGAAGUGGCUGAACUGCACUCCCCCGAUUGGCAAUUACCGCCGGACGCAACAAGCUAUCUAGGCAUUGGCAGCGGUGGCAUCGGUGGCGGCGGCGCCGGCGUAUUUAGGCUGGCAUUCACCCUCGCAAGAAGCUCUGCUGGCAUAGGGUUCUUAGCCGCUUUCCUACCUAGCGAUAUCGCCUUCUUCUCAGCCUGA